CUAGACCUGCAGGCACUGGUCCUCGCCGAUGGAUGUGAUGCCGCUGAUGAGUGUGACUGUCGGGAGGCCAUAGCCGAUCAGGCGGACUGUGUUGAUGCCGUACAAGUCGUGGUCGUGCCGACCCAUCACCACCUGCAUGGCCUUGACGCGCCUCGGUGCGUCGAACAACAGAUCCUGACAUACCACACAAGACACAACACGACACACAUGUCUCAACCGGCCUCUCCGUCUCUCACUCAUUGGCUGCUUGCCUGCCUGGUCGAAUGAUCCCUCGGUCCGUUCCCACGUGCGCAUGGGCAGCGCUAUCUCGUACUCGCAGGUCGCCGGUCUCUCUGUGCGGCGUGGGGUCUUGUCCUCUCUCAUUGGCGGCGGCAAACACGCGUCAGCCCAGCACUCAGGCGGAUCCCGCCCGGUAGCUGACAAUCGACACGGCAUCGAACGCACCUGGUAGACCCGCCCGAUGACGGCCAUGGUGUCGGGCGAAAGGAUGGGGAAGUCCUCCACCCACUGAGUUGCUGAUACCCAGACCCACCUCGCCGUGACUGUUGACCGUCACGUGGGAGUCCAAGCGGCCGGGGCUGGGCGGGGCUGACGCACCUGCCUUGGCGACUCAGUGCUGUGGAGAGACGGCCACGUCGAGAGGUCUUGACGGCGCACUUGCCCUCGAAGGUGAAGUACUCCAGCCGCAAACCCAGCAUUUGGUCAGCCUGGACCCAAGACCGUCUUGACGCCAAUCCUGAGUGAGCGAGCAACGGACAACGCGCACACAUAUCCACACACACAUAUACAGACAGACAUGGGUUGGAUGCGUGGCUCUUUGCACUGCUCUGCACGUGUUGUGUUGUGUUGUGUUGUGUUGUGUUGUGUGUGGGUCCCCGGGGGUUUGGACGCUUACUCUUGAAUGUAUCUGGUCAGUAGCUUCCACACACCCAUGGCUUUGUCGAUGGAAUGGACGCCAUUUCCAGCUCAUGGUUCUCACGGAUCUUAUCCACACCAACGAUGCAGCCGCUGCUGCGACGCCCACCACCUCUACCUCCUGCCCGCACUCUCGAGGGGCGCAGUAGGUCUGCACUGAUGCCGCUGGUCGGAGGCCGAAUGGUGCGCCGAGAGAGGGGAGGAGGUAGGGGGGCUGCUGAGUGUCUCCCUUGGUGGUAGAGCUGGCCUUGGUGUGUGGGCUGCUGCGACAUGGCACGCGGCUCGGCAUCUGCAGCGCGGAGACGGCACUCCUGCGGCCUGACACGAACCCACGACCACCUGCGACAGCCAUGAGAACAUGACAAGAAAUGAGAGAUGACCUCCGCCGUGUGUAUGUGUGUAUGUGUGGGUGGUCAGGUAAGGUACCUCUGUUCGAUACUAUGACGGCCCUCAU